AUGGUACCGCAAAUUGUUUGUACCAUUGCCAAUCCUGUCAGGAAAGUAAUUCGUAAUUUUGGGGAUAUUCGAGUGGGCGUCCUGAUUAAAUUUGAUCUAAGGGUGCCUUUUGUUGUAUAUAUAUACUUGGCCCCUUUUGCCCUAAUUUACUUGGACAGUCAUUUUCCCUUCUCUCCAGCUGCGGCUGAGGUUCGAGAGUCUUCCAUACCUUCUAGGAAAACCUUAGGGUUUGGGGCGAUCGGUGUGGGUCAUAUAGAAGGGUACAAUCCUUUUGUUGUAACAAUACAAGCCAUUGAGGAAUUGAAGAUUGAACAUCCAAAUACUACUAUUAUCUAUGGAUUUGAUUUGAAUUCUUUACAAAAAGCUUGCCGUGGAAGUGGAGGAACUUACAAGUUUAAUCUAACAAAGAUGUGUGGUUUACCUGGUGUUUCUGUCUGUCCCAGUCCAUCCAGAUGCAUGAGUUGGGACGGGAUUCAUCUGACUCAACAUGCAUAUAAAUUAAUGGCGGGAUGGUUGAUUCGUAGCUUCUUACCGAAGUUGCAAAACCAUGUUUAG